GUACACACCUGCACAAUUUUCUAUUCAGUUGUUGAGAAUUAAAAUUCUCCAUUUAUACAGGUAAUAUGUAUUCCUUUCCGAAUACCUUCAAUUCCUUCCCAAACACCCCUUCAAUUAGAUAAUCCCUGAAAAAAAAUUGCAACAUCUAUAUUAAUGCAGUUUUUAUACCUCAUCAAUGACCCAUUUGAUGUAAUAGUUCUUAAAACGUGUGAUGAAUCAACAGUGAUGGAAAUUUGUACUGAAUCAUUUCAUAUCUUUUUUAUUACUAUGAAUUAUAUUCUUAGAGAUUGGCUUUAAAAUUGAACUUACACUAAUGCAUUUUAAAUUUAAUUUGGAACUAGUUUAGAAUUGUUGAAGCUAGGACUCUCUGGUGACUUGGGAAUAGUAGAAUUGGGUGGGGAUGGCAUUUUACAUCCAGCCUGGAAUCUCCCUUUAUUCUCAAUGUAUUAGCUUUUCUUAUCUUUACUCUGAAAUUUUCACUAUCAAAUAUAGUGGAGAGGCAGAUCUUUUUCCUCCUUUAAUGUUUGUUUCAUAAAUACAGAAUAAUACUGUGUGUCUGGGAUUCAGUUUUUGAAAUGAAACAUGGAGUCUAAGUGACCCCUUGUCAAUGUGACCAUGGACUGGUCUAGAUCACAUCUAUUGUGACACGUGCGCUUGCGAAAAUUCUACUGUGACCUGUCGCUGAGGUGACCUGAUGAUAUAGGUCUUGCCUUUCAUUUUAGCUGCCAUUCUGGCAACUAAGCGUUGGCAGGAAACGCAGCUUAGUUGUGUCCGAGGACUCACGAUGGGAAACGUUUGUAGUUGCUGCCUCAAUGUGUGUUCCAGCCAGGAUGAAGUAGUGGAUCCUGAGGUGCCCAGGAAAUCCCCCGUCAGACACCACCACAGGCAUAAGAAGCGAAUUCUCCAUCACUGGCAUCACGACCGUGUACACCCUAGAGUUGCAUCAAUGGAAGAUCACAGUGAGAACCUGGCGCGGAAGCGUUCAUCUAAGGAUGUCCCAGGUGUUCACGUGGUGGACAAAGACACAGAGAAAAACAGUAUGCAUUCUGGGAUCACUGCUAUGCUGAGGAAAAAUUCUGGUGUUGACAAAGGUGACCUGAAACACCUACAGCAGCAUAUGCCAGGGCAGACAUCCUCUGAGGAAGCCACAGGAGUUCACAUGAUGCGGGGGGACCCAGCCACACUGGCAAACGAUGUACAUCAGGAACCGUCCAGUGACAACCGAGACGGGGAGGACCCAGAGGAUGUGAAGAAAUCGUCGGGAGUUCCACCGGAGGAGAGCGACGAAGGCUUGUUGUUCGAGCGUCUGCUCAAGGUACCAUCUGAGAGCUUCCCUUACUCAUUGAAGAAAAGAGUACACUUUGAGGAAGAAGAGCGCGACAAAGGCUUGUUGUUUGAGCGUCUGCUCAAGAUACCACCUGAGAGGUUCUUAGACUCUGUUGAGAAAAGAGUACACUUUGAGGAUGAAGGUGACCUGGAAGACCUGGAGGAGGAUGUGCCAGGGCAGACAUCCUCGGAGGAAGCCACAAGGGUUCACAUGAUGCAGGUGGACCCAGCCACACUGGCGAAAGCUCUGACUGAUACACUACGGGAGCUGUCCAGUGACGAGGGAGAGGAGGAGGACCCAGAGGAUGUGAAGAAAUCGUCGGGAGUUCCACCGGAGGAGAGCGACGAAGGCUUGUUGUGCGAUCGUCUGCUCAAGGUACCAUCUGAGAGGUCCCCUUACUCAUUGAAGAAAAGAGUACACUUUGAGGAUGAAGAGCGUGACAAAGGCUUGUUGUGUGAACGUCCGCCCGAGAUACCAUCUGAGAGGUUAUUAGACUCUGUUGAGAAAAGAGUACACUUUGAGGAUGAAGAGCGCGACAAAGGCUUGUUGUUUGAGCGUCUGCUCAAGAUACCACCUGAGAGGUUCUUAGACUCUGUUGAGAAAAGAGUACACUUUGAGGAUGAAGAUCAUCAAGAGAAGCUUGGAGCUGUAUAUCCACAUAAGGCAUCCACUGAGAGGGUCCUCACUGUUGUCAGUGCAGAGCCAUUCACAGAAACAAAUGGUGACCUGGAAGACCUCGAGGAGGCUGUGCCCAGGCAGACAUCCUCGGAGGAAGCCACAGGGGUUCACAUGAUGCAGGUGGACCCAGCCACACUGGCGAACGCUCUGACUGAUACACUACGGGAGCUGUCCAGUGACGAGGGAGAGGAGGAGGACCCAGAGGAUGUGAAGAAAUCGUCGGGAGUUCCACCGGAGGAGAGCGACGAAGGCUUGUUGUGCGAUCGUCUGCUCAAGGUACCAUCUGAGAGGUCCCCUUACUCAUUGAAGAAAAGAGUACACUUUGAGGAAGAAGAGCGUGACAAAGGCUUGUUGUGUGAACGUCCGCCCGAGAUACCAUCUGAGAGGUUAUUAGACUCUGUUGAGAAAAGAGUACACUUUGAGGAAGAAGAGCGCGACAAAGGCUUGUUGUUUGAGCGUCUGCUCAAGAUACCACCUGAGAGGUUCUUAGACUCUGUUAAGAAAAGAGUACACUUUGAGGAUGAAGAUCAUCAAGAGAAGCUUGGAGCUGUAUAUCCACAUAAGGCAUCCACUGAGAGGGUCCUCACUGUUGUCAGUGCAGAGCCAUUCACAGAAACAAAUGGUGACCUGGAAGACCUCGAGGAGGCUGUGCCCAGGCAGACAUCCUCGGAGGAAGCCACAGGGGUUCACAUGAUGCAGGUGGACCCAGCCACACUGGCGAACGCUCUGACUGAUACACUACAGGAGCUGUCCAGUGACGAGGGAGAGGAGGAGGACCCAGAGGAUGUGAAGAAAUCGUCGGGAGUUCCACCGGAGGAGAGCGACGAAGGCUUGUUGUGCGAUCGUCUGCUCAAGGUACCAUCUGAGAGCUUCCCUUACUCAUUGAAGAAAAGAGUACACUUUGAGGAAGAAGGUGACCUGGAAGACCUGGAGGAGGCUGUGCCCAGGCAGACAUCCUCGGAGGAAGCCACAGGGGUUCACAUGAUGCAGGUGGACCCAGCCACACUGGCGAACGAGCAUCUACUACAGGAGCGGUCCAGUGACAAGGGAGAGGAGGAGGACCCAGAGGAUGUGAAGAAAUCCUCGGGAGUUCCACAAAAGGGUACGUAUUGCGGAGCCGCUCUCACACUGGUGAGUCACCCAGAUGAUGAGGAAUGUGCUACUGCCUCGCUGGCCUUCCCAUAGACAGGCAGCCUGAGUGGAGCUUCCUCUCAUGAAUGAGGACCUAGGCUGUGAUGGGAGAAAUGCUUGUUCCAGAUGGAGCAUGAUGGUCACAUUCUGUGGUCCCUGGGAGCAACUGCAUUCUCUGAGGAUAGGGUGAGGUUGUGCACAUUCAGUUGCUGCGUGUCUUUUUGAAUUCAUGUGGUGUAACUCUUGAGUGUCCAAAAUACAUAAUGUCAAGGUCAUAUAGAGGCUCAGCCUCUAUCAUGCAGCCUCCUCCUGGUUUCCGUGUUCUGUGCUCAGGAAACACAGCAUCAUGAAAAGGUAACCAAAGGGCUUGCCCUAGGCUGUGAGUGGCAGGGGGAGCACUUGCCUUCCUAGGAGGAUGGAGGGUGACUCAUGCAUUACGAGGUGGGGAGAGACAAAUGUGGCUGUGGGACAGCAGAGGCUCCAGGACGUCCCCAUUGAACCCACCGUGGACAAAGCUUUUUGUUUGCUCCUGAAGGCCUUUGCAAAAAACAAGUCAAGGUGGUUGGCUUAAGGUCAUAUGAAAAUAAAAUUAACCCAGUUCUGGACUGA